AGAAAAUAAAAAUAAAAGCAAAUUAAAGAUUAAAUGAAAAGAAAAAAAAAACAGCUGUUUCUAACGACAAAGUCCAAUGACGGAUACAGAGAAGAGAAGCAGGAAAGCAGCUUGAGCUAUGAAAGGAGUAACCCUUCUAUCUUUGCCCAUUUCAGAUCUAACUCUUCUCUGAUCCAAAUCCAAAUCCAGAGCAAAAUACCAGAGCCUCUCUGACCAUACUGUAAUAUCUAUAAGGGGAUUGUUUAUUUCACUGUAAAAUUAACGAUCAAAGAAAAUGGAUGCAUUAAGGAAACAAGCCUUCAAGCUAAGAGAACAAGUUGCCAAGCAACAACAAAAUUUUGGGUUUCAGGCUGUUAUAAAACAGUUCAGUGGGACUGGUUAUGAAAGCUCAGAUGUAAUGGUUAUUGAUGAGGUCGAGAUGCAGAGACAUCAACAAUUGGAGAAACUCUAUAGGUCAACUCGUGCUGGGAAGGAUUUUCAGAAAGAUAUUGUUAAAGCAGCAGAAACAUUUACAGCUAUUGGGUACAAACAUAUUGAAGCAGGUGGAAAUCAUUUUGUGACAGGAACCAAAUUGUCUGAGGAUUGCUGCAGAUAUGGAACUGAGAAUGCCAACGAUAACAUACUGUCUAAGGGUGCAGGUAUAUAUGGCGAGGCCCGUAAACAUGUAGAGAAGGAGCAAGAAGACUUGAUUCGAUUGUUAUCUUCACAGGUUUUAGAUCCCCUGCGAACAAUGAUCAAUGGUGCUCCUCUGGAAGAUGCUCGCCAUCUUGCUCAACGUUACAGUCGGAUGAGACAGGAAGCAGAGACACAGGCAGCAGAGGUUUCUAGAAGACAAGUGCGAGUAAAAGAAACUCCAAUUCCUGAAAAUGUUGCAAAGUUGCAUGCAGCAGAAGCAAAGAUGCAAGAACUGAAAGCAAACAUGGCUGUUCUUGGUAAAGAAGCUGCCGCUGCUUUGGCUGCUGUUGAAGCUCAGCAGCAAAGAUUGAGUUUCCAGAGGCUUGUUGCUAUGGUUGAAGCAGAAAAGAAUUACCAUUUGAGAAUUGCUGCUAUUUUCAGUGAGGUUGAAGCUGAGAUGGUCUCCGAGAAACAACGGAAAGAGUCUGCUCCUCCGGUGAUUCCAUCUCCUGUGAUUCCAUCAGAAAAUGGCUCAGAAAAGAUGUACUUCUUGGCUGAAGUGACACAUCCUUUCAUUGCAGAAACAGAGAAGGAGCUGAGCUUGGCUGUUGGCGACUAUGUUGUUGUGCGAAAGGUCAGCCCAAAUGGAUGGUCGGAAGGAGAAUGUAAAGGCCGAGCAGGCUGGUUCCCUUCUGCAUAUGUGGAGAAGCGCCAGAGGAUUCCCACAAGUGAUGCAACUACUCAAGUUUACUAGUCUUACUCUAAAGUGCUCAGCUGCCCGAAAGCUUUGUUCCUUCAAAUUUGGAAAGGUUUCACAACUGCACAUCACUGUGGAGUUUGAGUGGGGAAAAGAAAACAUAAAGAACGAAACAUGUUAUCAAUUUUUCUUUUUAACACUUUCCAUUGUAUAUUAUUUUAUUGGAUCUUGGGAGAAAGUAAUAUGUGCAAAAUGACAUUUUUGUUUGUUCGGAAUCGGAAAGAAUGUGCUCAUCAAAUGAAGUUUAGAUGAAUCUUUCGCCCGUAUUA